AUGAACCAAGAAAGAAGAGUCCCAUCAAGUCAACAGAAACUGUUGAACCAAGAAGGGAGAGUCCUAUUAGAAGGAAGAGCCAUUAGUCGAGAAGAGCAUGAACCAAGGAAGAAGAGUUCUAUCAAGUCAACUGAAACUCUUGAACCAAGGAAGAAGAGUCCUAUUAGGUCUGAUGAAGAGCAUGAACCAAGGAAGAGUCCUAUUAAGUCAACUGAAACUCUUGAACCAAGAAGGAAGAGUCCUAUUAGGACUGAUGAAGCUCCUGAACCAAGAAAGGAGAGACCUGUUAGGCCUGAUGAAGACCUAGAACCAAGGAAGAAGAGUCCAGUCAAGUCGACUGAAGCUCCUGAACCAAGAAAGAAGAGUCCUGUUAGGUCUGACAAAGAGCUUGAUCCAAAGAAGAAGAGUCCAAUUGAAGUUCAUGAACCAAGGAAGAAGAGUCCUAUCAGGUCUGAUGAAGAGCAUGAACCAAGAAAGAAGAGUCCCAUUAGGUCAACUGAAACUCUGGAACCAAGAAGGGAGAGUCCUAUUAGGACUGACAAAGAGCAUGAACCAAGAAAGAAGAGUCCUGUUAGGUCUGACAAAGAGCCAGAUACAGGGAAGAAGAGUCCAUUCAGAUCUGUUGAAGAGCCAGAUCCAAGAAAAAGGAGUCCAAUCAGAUCAGAGGAAGUUUCUCAACCAGAGAAGGAUAGUCCUUUCAGGACCAAUACAGAACCAGAGUCAAGAAAGAUCAAGGCAGAACCAAGGAAGAAGAGUCCAACAGAGACUGAUGAAGACACGAAGCCUAAACGAAAGGAUGCUGACAAGACUGAGCAACCAAAACCAAGAAAGAAGGAUCCGCUCAAGUCUGAAAUACGUGAACCCACAAGGAAGAGUCCUGUCUUCUCUAGUGAACAACCAGAAACUGCAAAGAAAAGAUCAACAAAACCUGCAGCCGUGACUGAACCAAAGAAGGAUCUAACCAAGGAUAAUGAAAGAGAACCUGGAAAGGAGAAUAGCCAACCAGAACUUGUAAAGAGAAGUCCUAAACCCACAGGGAAGAUCCCAUUCGAAGAUGAACCACAGGAAGUCGUAGUGACUGAAAGGAAUGUUGAAGAACUGGCAGAUGACAAGAAGUAUUUCCACAGUGUACAUGAAACGGAACUGAACGAUGUCACAAGGGAAACAUACUUCAGUAGCACAUCUGUCCAAAAAUCUUUGCACCAAAUUGACCAUGUCAGUUCUGUUAAACAAUCGGAAGAUACACUGAUAUCAAAACAUGUAACAGAAGCCGUUACGCAAGAGAGUCACAUUCGUGAUGUCACUUCUGAAACAACAAUUAGAGAAGGAAAAAGAGUUCUUGUAAAGAAGACAGGUGAAAAGUUCAUCCAUGCGGACUCUGAAGAGUUCUUGGAAGGAGAAACUUAUUACAUAAGUGAAGACUAUUCUAGUGACACAAGUUCAGAGGAAUCUUCAACUGAUUCAGAAUCAUCUGAAAGUGGCAAAGACAAAGGUGAGAUUAAAAAGAAAAGAAAACAGUCGACGAAAGAAAGUAAGGAUUCCAAAACCAAAAAACACAGUACAAGAAAAAGAAAGAGUAAAGUAGUUGUUAGUGAAGCAACUAGGACUAAAUCACACAAAGAGGUUAGUGAAUUGCGUGAAGUAGUCUCAGAAAGGAUAGAAAAGACAUCAUUGGAAACAGCAGAAUUUAGAGAGCAAACAUUAGUCAUUGAGGGAAGACCAGAAAUGCAAGUUGAAAAGCUAGAGCCAACAAAGAAAAAGGAGAGACCUGUGAAGAAAAAAGCUGAACCAGUAAAACCUUCACCUGAGCAACAGGUAAGCAGGCAACCUGGAAAAACAAAGGACACUGAUCCCAAAACUAGAAAUUACCCCAAGCCAGAGAAGUCUUCAGAAGAACCAUCAUUAAAAAAGCCUACUAAGCAGCCAGAGACAGUAGAAUCAACCAAGAUAGUGCCUUCUGCCAUAAAAACAGACGAUUCAAAACCUAAAAGAAGUAAACCAGAGAAAUCUAGUAAGCCCGGUAAGGAAGAGGUAUCUCCUGUUCCUGAAACGAAGCCAAGAGAUAGACCCAGUACAGUGUCUGUUACAGGAACAAAGAAGCCAUCAGAGAAAAAUGAUGACCUACCUGUUAAAAAGCGUAAACCAGAGAAGCCAAUUGACGGGUCCAGAACAAAAGAGAAACCCACUGAUAAGGCUAGCCCAACCAGGAAACCAAAGGAACAUUCAAAGCCUGAAGAAAAGGAUGUUAAAGGAAAACCAAUUGACAAACCAGAGACCAAUGAGAUCAGUAAACCAGAAGUAGAAUUGCCAGUAGAUAAUUUAGAUGUUACCAGAGCAACAGAAAUUGAACCAAAAGAUGACAACACAGGUCUUGAUGGCACUAAACCAAAUCAAAAAGUAAAUGAAGACAUAUCAGACACCGUAGGUUCUGAUACUAUUAAACCCGAUAGCGUCGAGGAUGAAGACAUACCUAGACUUCAGCGUCCUGAUGAAAUUUCUGAUGUUGAACCAAGAGAACCAGUAGAUAUAGAAAGAAAGGUUCCUUCACAUGAUCCUGAGAAGGAAGUCCCUCGCAGGAAGAAAUCGGGUAUACCAGUCUCAGAACCAGUUGCUCCGACUCUCUGGAAGGAUAUUGAAAGGUCACCAGCCAACAAACCAAGCCAGAUUCCUGUGCCUGUUGGUGGAACUCAAGAACCAUUAAUUUUUGAAGGUGGUGAGAAGCCUGGAAAAGACAUGCCACAUGAUGUUGCACCAUUAAAAGGAAAGCCUGAAUUUUCACCUGAGGGAGAAAAGCCCUCUGAUAUUGAAAACUUGGAAAAGGACAACACCAGGAGAGUAGCUCAUUACGACUCAGAACCUCGAGGUGAAGUGAAACCGAAGAAACCCCACGAUAAAGAACCUCCAACCAGAAAGGUAAGUGAUCAGGUCAGAGAAUUUGAAGAAGCAAUUAAGAGAAACGAAACACCAGUAAGAAAACCAAGCAGACCUGUCAAAGAAUCAGAUUCCCCAAGCGGAUUGUCUGAACCUUUAGAAAAUACAGAUGGCUUUAUCCCUGAAGUAAGCAAACCAGGUACAGAAGAUGAUUAUGAAUCCCCAACUACUAGAGAAGUACAACCAGUUAGGAAAAUAAGCAAACCAGGGAAACUAGGUACAGAGAAAGAUUAUGAGUCCCCUACUACCAGGGAAGUAGAGCCAGUUAGGAAAAUCAGCAAACCAGGCAGACCAGAUAGACCAGAAACAGAAGAUGUUGAGUCCCCUACUACCAGGGAAGUAGAACCAGUUAGGAAGUCAGCAAACCAGGCAGACCAGAUAGACCAGAUACAGAAGAUCUUGAGUCCCCUAGUACCAGGGGAGUAGAGCCUGGUAGGAAAGUCAGCAAACCAGGCAGAUCAGAUAGA